UUUAAGGAAUUGAAGUUGAUUGCCGAAAUCUUCACUUCAAAAUACGGCCACCAAUACGGUGAGAGCUGCAGGACAGAGGAUGUCAAGACGAUUAGUGAAAAAUUGAAGCAUAAACUUUCAGUUCAAAGCCCGCCUAAGCUACUGGUCGAGAAGUAUUUAAUCGAAAUAGCCAAGAAUUACAACAUUCCAUACGAGCCGGAUCCACAAGUCAUGCAGGAGGAAGCUAAUGGAAUUUUGAUUGACCUAAGCGACCGGAACAACUUGGGAGAUCCACAGCCUGCCGGAUUUAUUGGAUAUCCCACGUAUCCUACGCCGCCCUCUCUUCCGGCAGCGCCUUUUAAUUAUCCGAAUUUGCCGCCUCAAGAUCCGUCACCUGGUUUUAGUGUAGGCGGGCAUCCGCACGAUCCCAAAGGAGGAAUACCAUUUGGAGCACCUUUCUCUUAUAAUAUUCCACCGGCACCUGAGUCAAAGGAGUCGAAUAUCUCAUACCAUCAGGUAUAUUCUCAAUUUGCGAUUGUAACACUGAUAUUGCUGUCCUCUAUUGCUUACUAAUUUGCGGGCUGCUUU